AUGUCAUCUGUUUCCGAUUGUAUAUUUGGCCUUCCAUAUGUGGGCAAGGCAUUAAGCACGGCGGAGCGCGCGGCUCUACAGUCUUCUCUACCGCUCCUUGCUCUCAAAUAUAACCUCCCUGUGCAGUUCUGGGGAAAGGUUACCGGUGUGCGAGGGGAUUACCUUGUUGCGCAAGUGAUGCCAAAUGGUUUGUUUGGCGCUCGUCACUCUUUCUUCAGCGUUGAUGGCGGAACGUCGUGGCGGGUGUUAGAGACCCUCUCGGAGGACCAGGUGGCUUUUUGCGAUCAACUUCGCGGGGUUUACAUUGGCGAUCCUUCGUUCCUCUACAAGGUGCGUCGUGACAUUCCUCCCGAACCUGAACCAGAGGUAAAAGUACCUGAUGCGGAGGAUUUACUGAAGGAUGCAAAAGAGAAGUAUGGUGGGGAAGGCGAGGAAAAUGAAGAAGAUAUGGAGGAGGAAGAGGAGGAAGAAGAAGAGGAACAGGACGAGGGAGAAUUGGAGGAGGAGGAGGAGGAGGUUGAAGAGGAACCACCAAGAAAGAAGCGACCAAAAUUUAUGAUUGUGGCGGUGCCCGAGACCAUUCGUUUAGCGCAUUUCAUCGGACUACACGAUAGAGCGUGCUCCCUAAUUGUACGUGGCCAGUACGUCUUUACACCUGCGGGCGAUGUUGAAAAGAACACCCUCUUCGCUGGACAACCGACGCGUCAUGCAAUGAAACCAUCGUGCUAUUUACGCGUCUUCCAUGCCGGCAACCCGGAGCGUAAUCGCAUCUUGUAUGGCCCAACAUACAGUAGCGUGACGGACCGCCUCUCGCCCAUCACAGAUGAUGAACCGCGGGGUGUGUGGGUCGUUAAGUACGAGCCUACCGCCAGCAUUGUGACUGUGGAGAAUUUAUUGUACCCUGGCUCACUCUUUUGGUAUCGCCCAGGUUCUAAAGACUGUGGACAGGUAUACUGCGGCAGUGGGGAGCGGGACUUUGAGGUUUGCUUUCUCCUUCCGUAA